AUGCAACCACCUUCAAGAACAAAACCUCCAUUGUUCGAAACAGGAUCAACCAUGAAACAGAGGAAGAAGAGUAAUCUCUCAAUCUUGGUGAUCGUCUUCUCUCUUUUCAUCUUCGGGUUCUUCAUGUACAACGAAAACGUCAAAUCCAUCGUUAAAUUCACAUCUUCAAACCCAUUCUCUAAUCCAUUUCAUCAAUCUAACAGUAAAGAAGACGACGUAGAGUUGCCUCCGGAGGAUUGCGAUCUCUUCACCGGAAAAUGGGUUUUCGACAACAAGACGUAUCCAUUGUACAAAGAAGAACAAUGCGAGUUUUUGACAGAGCAAGUAACUUGUUUAAGAAACGGAAGAAAAGAUACUCUGUUUCAGAACUGGAGAUGGCAACCUAAAGACUGUUCUUUACCAAAAUUCAAAGCAAGAGUGUUGUUAGAGAAACUGAGGAACAAGAGAUUGAUGUUUGUCGGUGACUCGCUUAACCGGAAUCAAUGGGAAUCAAUGGUUUGUUUGGUUCAAUCAGUGAUUCCUCCAAGUAAAAAAAGCUUAAACCGGACCGGUUCUCUAACCGUUUUCCAAAUCCAGGAUUAUAAUGCAACGGUGGAGUUUUAUUGGGCACCAUUUUUGGUGGAAUCAAAUUCAGAUGAUCCGAGUAAGCACAGUAUAAUCGACCGUAUAAUAAUGCCUGAGUCCAUUGAGAAACAUGGAGUCAACUGGAAAAACGUUGACUUUCUUGUCUUCAAUAGUUACAUUUGGUGGAUGAACAGUGUCUCCAUCAAAGUCCUACGUGGAUCGUUCGAUGAAGGGGACACGGAAUACGAUGAGAUCCGACGGCCAAUAGCAUACGAGAGGGUGUUAAGGACAUUGGGAGAUUGGGUGGACCAUAACAUUGAUCCUUUAAGUACAACUGUUUUCUUCAUGAGCAUGUCUCCUCUGCACAUCAAGAGUUUGGAUUGGGGGAAUCCUGACGGUAUAAUGUGCGCAUUAGAGACCACACCGAUCCUAAACAAGUCGAUGGUGUUCAACGUGGGGACGGACUACAGGUUGUAUUCGGAGAUAGGGACGGACUACAGGCUGUUUUCGGUUGUGGAGAAUGUGACACGGUCUCUAACAGUUCCGAUUCAUUUCCUCAACAUCACUGGAUUGUCUGAGUAUCGUAAAGAUGCACAUACUUCGGUUUACACGAUCAGGCAAGGCAAAUUGCUGACGCGGGAGCAGCAAAAUGAUCCGGCCAAUUAUGCUGACUGUAUCCAUUGGUGCUUACCUGGCCUUCCCGAUACUUGGAAUGAGUUACUCUAUACGCAAAUCAUUUCGAAAUCGAUGAAGCAAAGUGGUGCUACACAGAGGAAUGCUUACCUUCCUUUGUUAUACUUUGCAGUCAUUCUUCUUCCCGCGUUCCUUCUUGGAUGUUUUCUGUACAAUGAGAAGCUGAGGAGUAACCAGUUUCAAGAAUUGACGACACAUAAACUACAAGAACACGUCAGUCCACCAAAUCAAAGGAAAGAAGAUAAUUACAAGGCGGCUGAUCUGGUGCCAUUAGACGUAUGCGAUGUUUUCACAGGAAAAUGGGUUCUUGAUAACGUCACACAUCCUUUAUACAAAGAAGACGAAUGCGAGUUUCUCUCAGAGUGGGUGGCAUGUACGAAAAACGGGAGGCCAGACUCGAAGUACCAGAAAUGGAGAUGGCAACCUCGAGAUUGCUCUUUGCCAAGGUUCGACGGGAAGGUACUGCUAGAGAAACUCAAGGGAAAGAAACUAAUGUUCGUUGGUGAUUCGAUACAUUACAAUCAAUGGCAGUCCAUGGUUUGUAUGGUCCAAUCCACCAUUCCUUCAGGCAAAAAGACCUUAAAACACACAGCACAAAUGUCAAUCUUCAACACAGAGGAGUACAAUACCACAAUAGCAUUUUACUGGGCACCAUUCCUAGUUGAAUCAAACGCUGAUCCUCCAGACAAGAGAGAUGGGAAAACAGAACCAAUCAUCAUGCCUAGAUCAAUAUCGAAGCACGGCGAGAACUGGAAAGACGCAGAUUACCUCGUUUUCAAUACGUAUAUAUGGUGGACAAGACAUUCCAAGAUCAAAGUUCUAAAACAAGAAUCUUUCAAUGAAGGAUCAAAAGAUUACGAUGAAAUUGGAAUCAAUAUCAUGUACGAGCAAGUGCUAUCGACAUGGGUAAAUUGGUUAGAACAAAACAUUAACACAAAUCGAACAUCUAUCUUCUUCAGCAGCAUGUCACCAACUCAUAUCAGGAGUUCAGAUUGGGGAGUUAAUGGAGGAAGUAGAAAGUGCGAGAAAGAGACAGAGCCUAUACUAGACAUGUCAAGACCAAUAGAUGUCGGAACAAAUCGAAAGCUUUACGAAAUCGCAGUGAAUGUGGUGAAGAAAUCGAAGAAAGUGCCGAUUAGUUUUCUGAACAUAACGAAGAUGUCAGAAUAUAGGAAAGAUGGGCAUACCUCAUUCUACGGGUCGCGAAAUGGGAAACUCGUCACUCAAGAGGAGAAAUCGGAUCUGACAACAUUCGCAGAUUGUUAUCACUGGUGUCUUCCUGGAUUGCCAGAUACAUGGAACGAGUUAUUCUCUCUGUAUAUUAUCUACAAGACUUGA